AAAUUCUUGAAUUAAUUUUAUUUUUAGAAUUGAAAGACUGAAAAAAAAAGCUUAUUAUUUUUUUUAAUGUGUAUCUAUUUCCUCGCCUGCUUCUUAUAUAAGCUUUAAUGAUUUUGUGGUUGUGUAUUUACAUUAUGUGCUUUAAAGACUCAAAAUAUAUUGGUUUACGAAAAUAAUUAUUUCUUUUUACGCAAAAUUUUACUUUUUUUACUAGAUUGAAAUGUUGUGUUUUGGGAAAUAUCUAGAUUUUUGUUUCUGAAGCACAUAACAGACCUAUAAAACAUUGUAAUUGCAGGAAAACACAACAGUUAUGACAUUAGGAACUGUUGUCAUAGGUGGAGGUAGUGGUUUUAUUGGUCGUGCAAUUGCCAGGAAUUUGAGUAAAAUUGGUUACGAUGUUCUUACUGUAUCAAGGCAGCCAAAACUGAAUUCUAUUUCAUGGAAUGAUGUGACAAAGGAGGGUUUGCCAAAAUCUUGCGUAGCUGUCAUUAAUGUGGCUGGGCAGAAUAUAUUAGAUGCUAAACGAAGAUGGACUCCGGGAUUUCAGCAGAAUGUUUAUGCAAGUCGCAUACACACGACAAAGCUGCUGGCAGAAGAGAUUCAGAAAAUGGAUGUCCCACCCAAAGUGUUUGGCGUAAUAUCUGGUGUGGGUUUUUAUCCUCCUAGUAAAACAGAGACAUACACAGAAGAGAGUCCUGGUUGUAGUGAAGAUUACUUCUCUCAAUUAUGUUCUGAUUGGGAAGCUGCAAGCGUUUUACCUCCACACCUUAAUGUCCGCCGCUUCGUUGUUCGAUCAGGUGUUGUACUGGGCAGAACAGGUGGUAUAAUACAGCAGAUGUUUUGGCCAUUUUAUUUCGGAGUCGGUGGAACCAUUGGUAGUGGGAAACAGUAUUUCCCAUGGAUUCAUAUAGAUGACAUUGCUGGUAUAUUCACCCACGGAGUACAGUCCGUUACUGUUCACGGAAUCCUGAAUGGUGUUUCCCCCGAAAUCGUUACAAACAAAGAGUUCACAAAAGCCUUUUCUCGAGCCCUGUGGAGGCCUGCCGUCCUUCCAAUCCCAGAAUUUGCAAUCAAUUUAGCCUUCGGGGGAGAGAGGGCUCGCAUGAUGAUGGAGGGACAAAAAGUAGUCCCUCAAAGAACUUUGGAAAGUGGGUAUAAAUUCCUCUACCCCGACAUAAAGUCAGCCGUGAAAGAAUGUGCGCACAUUAUCAUGGAUUUAAAUAAGAGAUGAGAAAAAUUAGACUAUAUUUAGAUUGUUAAUAUAGUAAAUAAAACUGUAAUGGUCAUAAUUAUUGUUAAUAAAAAUAUUUCCUUUUAAUCUUAAAAA